GCGAGCAAUGAACAUGACGUUCUAUAAUUUCGUCAAAAAGACACGACUGACGUAAGAGAUGAUUAACUUCUGCGUGAUCGUGUACAUGGACGAUAUCCUGGUCUAUUCGGAGACUUAUCAUGGGCACGCGCAACACAUCGAAUGGACAUUGGGCGCACUAAGAGACGCUGGGUUCAAGAUUGCGCUCGAAAAGAGCGAAUUUUUCCUCUCAGAAAUUUCGUUCUUGGGCUAUGUCGUGACACGUGGAGGACUGCGGCCAGACUCGAGAAAAGUUGCGGCGGUAAAGGCAGCUCCGGUUCCCACGUCACCGACGCAGGUUCGAGCCUUCUUGGGACUAGCGUCGUAUUACCGGCGCUUCAUCAAGGGCUUUGCCGCGAUUGCACGACCACUAACGAAUUUGUUACGGAAGGACCAGCCUCUCAAUUGGGACGCGGAGUGCCAGCAGGCCUUUGCAACCCUCAAAGACGCUCUGGCAAUGGCCCCUAAUCUGAUUCGACCAGACCCCUCGAAGCAGUACAUUCUCAUCACGGACUGGCAACCGGAAGCUAUUUCCGCUAUUUUAGCGCAGAAGGGGAAGGGUGGUCGCGAACACGUCAUCGAGUACGCGUCACGGACGGUGCAAGACGAACGAAGAAACGACUCCACACCUCAAGGCGAGUGCUAUGCGGUAGUUUGGGGAAUCCAGCACUUCCAUCCGUAUCUCUACGGACAGAAGUUUCGCCUCGUAACGGAUCACGAGCCUCUGCUGGCGUUGAAGAAGCUCACCAACUACACGGGCAUGAUUGGCCGUUGGGCGGUGCGAUUGCAAGAAUACGACUUCGAUAUCCUGGCGGACGAUCUGCCCCUGGACAUCUUAUCGCACAGUGACAAGCAGUCGGGCACCCACGUGCUGUCUCGAACGCUCGAGCCACACCUUGUGUGGUCCACGUGCAUGGAGAUCGACGAGGACAAUUGUCUCUAUCCCUCCCAGCCGCUCUACUUGGAGAUCGACAUUACCGAUCUCACGUUUUGGGACCCGAUUGCGAGACAAAACGUAGCACAGGACGAGGAGAUAAGGGGAGCGGACGAAGAAGAGGAAGAAGAAGAGCCAGCGAAUGAGGAAAGGGACGAUCCGGACUACGUACCGAAAAGAGAGGCAGGGAUAGCCGACGAAUGAAACCAGCCGUAGGCGCAGGACGAGGAGGUGGAACCAGAAGAAGUAGAAGAAGGAAGCGUGCUAUCAGGAUC